CCUGAGUCACUGAGCAUCCAUACGUAUCCUUCACCACCCCCAGCCCCAGUACCUGUGUCAGCAAAGGAAGUGGACGCAUUAGUGAUGGUUGUGGGAAUGAUGCAGAAAAAGAGACCCGUUUCCAUUAUACAUCAAUAACUGCAUUCAAGAUGGAAGACAAAAAAAUUCAACGUUAGGAGGAAGUAUUGCAGAAAAGGGAGGCCCUCACGAGGAAUCUUACUGAAUUGCAGACUCUCCAGUUACAAGAAAGCUGCCUGUCUGAAUUUUUAGAAGAGCUGCUUUUGCUGGUUCCAAAGAUUCUGUUACUAGAAAACUCUGCUCUGAGCUGGCUCCUGAGCUCCUUUGAUAAUGGCUGAGGCCAGUUCCUGACUCUUCUGCUGAGUAAUACCAGAGUCCUCUCACGAACCACUGAGAGGGAAACCUCCAGGAUCCUAGAGCGGACGACUUGGUAUCUGGGGCAGGGUUCUGCGGAAGUUGACCUCUGGAGGCCACUGCAGGCAUCAGAGGCCCCUUGGUUCGUCAAACCACGGUUUUCCGGGAAUCAAGGCCAAAGGUAUGAACAAGGUGUUAAUUCUGAAGGGAAGAUUUUUGUAAGGAUGGAUCCACACCAGAAGGUCCCCAGCACAUAUAAUGGGGAUACUUUACAGAUUCCUGAGAAUGAAAAAGCUUCUUUUAACUGGUAUGAGGACCAGUUAGAAAGUCAUGAGGUGAGGUCUGCAGAAGAAAGACGGUAUACAUGCAGUGAAUGUGGAAAGAAGUUUGCUCAGAGCUCAGGCCUUGUUCGACAUCAGAGAAUCCACACUGGAGAGAAACCCUAUGAGUGUGAUCACUGUGGAAAAGCCUUCAGUGUACGCUCAACUCUCACUGUGCAUGAAAGAAUCCACACUGGUGAGAAACCCUAUACUUGUAAUGAGUGUAGGAAAGCUUUCAGUGUGAGGGCACACCUGAUUAUACAUCAGAGAAUCCACAAUGGAGAGAAACCCUAUGAAUGUAAUGAAUGUGGCAAAGCAUUUAGUGUGAGCUCAGACCUCAUCAAACAUCAGAGAAUCCACUCUGGUGAGAAACCUUAUGAGUGUGAUGAGUGUGGGAAGGCCUUCAGUGUGAGUUCAGCCCUUAUCAAACAUCAGAGAAUCCACACAGGAGAGAAGCCAUAUGAGUGUAAGGAGUGUGGGAAGGCCUUCUAUGUGAACUCAGCCCUUAUUAAUCAUCAGAGGAUUCAUUCUGGAGAAAAGCCCUAUAAGUGUGGAGAAUGCAGAAAAGCAUUCAGCCAAAUCUCAACGCUUAUUCAUCACCAGAGAAUCCAUACUGGAGAGAAACCAUACGAGUGUGAUGAGUGUGGGAAAGCAUUCCGUGGGAGCUCUAAUCUUACUAAACACCAGAGAAUUCACACUGGAGAGAAACCUUAUAAAUGCAAUCAAUGUGGAAAAGCCGUCAGUUAUAAAUCAGCCCUUCUUUCACAUCAGGAAAUUCAUAAUAAAAUAAAACACUCUCGGUGUAAUGAAUGUGGGAAAGCCUUCAGUCAAAACACAGGCCUGGUUCUUCAUCAGAGGAUCCAUACUGGAAAGAGACCUUAUGGGUGUAAAGAGUGCGGAAAAUGCUUUAGUCAAAGUUCACACCUUAUUGGACAUCUGAGGAUCCACACUGGAGAGAAACCCUUCAAAUGUAAUGAGUGUGAGAGGGCCUUCACUCAGAGGUCAGGACUCAUGGAACAUCAGAGAAGUCAUACUGGAGAAAAACCCUACAUGUGUAAGGAAUGUGGGAAAGCUUUCUAAGGGAGCACCAGCCUUACUCAGCACCUGAGGAUCCACACUGGGGAGAAGCCCUACCAGUGUGAGGAGUGUGGCCGAACCUUCAUUCACAGGUCGAGCCUUGUUCGUCAUCAGAGGAUCCACAGAGGGCAGAAUCUCCACACUGGAAAGAAACCUUUUGAAUGUAUAUACUGUGGGAAAACCUUCUGCCAUAGUGCAUACCUCACUGAACAUAAACAAUUGCACAACAGAGAGAAGCCUUAUGAAUGUAAUGAAUGUGGGAAAACCUUCAGGCAGCGUUCAAAUCUUACUGAGCAUCAGCGAAUUCACAGUAAAGAAAAACUUUAUGAAUGUAAAGUAUGUGGAAAAGCCUUCACUCAGUAUGCAGGACUUAACCAACACCGGAGAAUCCACACUGGAGAGAAACCUUUUGAAUGUCCUGUAUGUGGACGCGCUUUUAGCCGAAGCUCAGAACUUAUAAUACAUCACAGAAUUCACUCAGGGGAAAAACCUUAUGAAUGUGCUGAGUGUGGAAAAACCUUUAGAGUGAACUCAACCCUGGUCAUACAUCAGAGAAGUCACACAGGGGAGAAGCCCUAUAAAUGUGAUGAGUGUGGUGAAGCCUUUACAAGGGGAGAGCAUCUUAUUGAACAUCAGGGGAUUCACAACAAGGAGAAGCCUUAUCAAUGUAAAGAGUGUGGCAAAGCCUUCAGUCAGAAGACAGGUCUUAGUCAUCAUCUCAAAAUCCACACAGGAGAGAAACCUUUUGAAUGUUCUCAAUGUGGGCGAGACUUCAGCUGUAAAUCAAAUCUCAAUAAACAUAAGAGUCCACUCUGA